CGAUCAUUGGUUAGGAAAUUGAAUUUAUCAAAAGCCGGUGCACUGCGUUGUUUCGAGAUUCCUUUGCGGAGGAUUUAAUAUAUUUUCAAAUUGGUGAUACAACAAGUUUUUAACGUUAACAAUCAUGGAACUCACAGAUGACAAUUUGAUGACGCUUAGCGAAUAUCUGAAGCAUACACUUAGCCCAGAUGUAAAUAUUAGACGACCAGCUGAGAAGUUUUUAGAAUCAGUUGAAGUGAACCAGAAUUAUCCAUUGCUUCUUUUACAUCUCGUGGACAAGUCUGAAGUCAAUAUAACCAUCAGAAUUGCUGGUGCAGUUGCAUUCAAAAAUUAUGUGAAACGUAACUGGAAAGUGGAAGAAGAUUCCGUAGAUCGUAUUCACGUGCAGGACAGGGAAACCAUAAAGAAAUUAAUUGUUAAUUUAAUGUUACAUUCUCCAGACUCCAUUCAAAAACAGUUAUCUGAUGCUGUUUCAAUCAUUGGAAAGUAUGAUUUUCCAAAUAAGUGGCCAGAGCUUAUAGACCAAAUGGUUGAGAAAUUUGGUACAGGAGACUUUCAUAUUAUUAAUGGUGUCUUGCAUACUGCGCAUUCACUAUUUAGAAGAUACAGAUACGAGUUUAAAAGUCAAAGCCUGUGGACUGAGAUCAAAUUUGUAUUGGACGGAUUUGCGAAGCCGCUAACAGAGUUGUUCGUUGCUACAAUGAAUUUAACGGAAGUACAUGCGAACAACGUUGAUGCAUUGAAAGUUAUUUACAGUUCUUUGGUAAUUCUAUCGAAAGUGUUCUUCUCCCUCAAUUACCAAGACUUACCAGAGUUCUUCGAGGAUAAUAUGGCUACGUGGAUGAGGAAUUUUCAUAUUUUAUUGAACACUAACGUUCCUUCCCUGCAGUCUACCGACGAGGAAGAAGCGGGAGUAAUCGAACAAUUAAAGUCACAGGUCUGUGACAAUAUUGGCCUUUACGCUCAGAAAUACGACGAAGAGUUUCAACCGUAUCUACCCGAAUUCGUAACCGCGGUUUGGAAUUUACUGACGUCUACGGGCCAGCAACCGAAAUACGAUACAUUAGUUUCAAACGCUUUGCAAUUUUUAGCAACGGUUGCCGACCGUGCUCAAUACAGACACUUGUUCGAGGAUCCAACUACUCUAGGUAGUAUCUGCGAGAAAGUUAUAAUACCUAAUAUGGAAUUCCGAGAAUCGGAUAAUGAAUUGUUUGAGGAUAAUCCGGAGGAAUAUAUCCGACGGGAUAUCGAGGGUAGCGACGUCGAUACGAGAAGACGCGCCGCUUGCGAUUUAGUCAAAGUGCUCUCGAAAUAUUUUGAAGCGAAGAUAAUGGAAAUUUUUGGUGCCUACAUACAGGUCAUGUUACAAACGUAUGCCGAGAAUCCUGCAGAUAAUUGGCGGAGCAAAGACGCUGCUAUUUAUUUGGUCACCAGUAGCGCGAGCAAAGCUCAGACGCAGAAACACGGUGUCACACAGAGUAGCGAGCUCGUCCCAUUGCCGCAAUUCGCGAUGCAGCAUAUCGAGCCGGAAUUAGUUAAACCAAACGUGAACGAAUUCCCUGUGCUGAAAGCUGAUGCGAUUAAAUUUAUAAUGACGUUCAGAUCAGUAUUACCGAGGGAAAUGAUAGUUGGCAGUUUACCGCAGUUGAUCAGACACUUAAGUGCCUCAAAUAUAGUUGUGCACACUUACGCUGCUUGUGCGAUCGAGAAAAUAUUUGCAAUGAAAGGACCAGACAAUUUAGCUUUAGUGAAAGGAAAUGAUUUAUCACCGUUGACAGCGGAUCUGUUGAAAGGACUAUUCGCGUGUUUAAACAUACCAGGCUCGGAGGAGAACGAAUACGUGAUGAAAGCCGUUAUGAGAAGUUUUGGUACCUUGCAAGAGAUAAUUGUGCCAUUUUUAGCAGAUCUGUUGCCGAAGCUCACGGAGAAACUUGCUAUUAUAUCUAAAAAUCCAAGUCGCCCCAACUUCAAUCAUUACCUCUUCGAAACGUUCGCUUUAUCGAUUAAAAUUGUUUGUAAAACGCACAAAGUCGCGGUUUCAUCGUUUGAAGAAACUUUGUUCCCAAUUUUCCAAGAGAUUUUACAGCAGGAUGUUUCAGAAUUUCUUCCAUACGUCUUUCAAAUUCUCGCUUUGCUCUUGGAAUUACGAACUCAGGAAAUACCGGAAGCGUAUUUGGCCUUGUUCCCUUGCCUGUUGUCAUCCGUAUUAUUCGAACGACAAGCUAACAUUCAUCCGUUAAAUCGACUGUUAAGAGCGUUCAUUAGUCACGGUGCACAGCAUAUAGUAGCUCAAGAUAAAUUGAAUGGUCUGCUAGGUGUAUUCCAGAAACUUAUUGCUUCCAAAGUGAACGAUCAAGAAGGUUUCCUAUUGUUGCAAAGUAUCAUUGAACAUUUUGCACCGAAUAUAUUGGAGCCGUACAUGAAACAAAUUUUCGUAUUACUUUUUCAACGUCUUUCAUCGUCGAAAACGACGAAAUUUGUAAAGGGUCUAAUCGUGUUCUUCGCGUACUACAUCAUUAGAUACGGUUCAAAUAGUUUAGUUACAAUUGUAGAUCAAAUACAGUCUAGGAUGUUUGGUAUGGUCGUGGAACGCGUAUUAAUAGCAGAUCUGAAAAAGGUGUCUGGUGACAUCGAGCGAAAAGUAACAGCUGUCGGAAUGUCGAAUUUGUUGAUCGAUUGUCCGGCGCUGCUUGAAAAGCCGUACAAUACGUAUUAUCCUAGUUUGUUGGCGACGUUAGUAGAAUUUUUUGAAUUACCGCAGGAUCAGACUACGAUACCCGAGGAUAGCAUUAUUUUUCCCGAACCCGAAGACGCGCCCGGUUACCAAGUCGGAUACAGUCAGCUGCUUUGCGCGAAGAACCCUACGAAGGAUCCUUUGGAAGCUAUCGGCGAUGUGCGUUUGCAUUUGGCACAAGGUCUGGCAAGAUUAUCACCGAGACAACUGCUGAGUAUCCUAGACCAAAUCCCGGAACCAAACGCAAACCAUUUGAGGAGCUACCUGCAAACGGUCGGCAUUACUGUUGCAUAAUACGAGCUAGACGUCCGAGAUAGACUGAAAGUUCACCUGAUAGCUCGGAAAAUAAAUAACAUUGAAUUAAACAAAUUGUAACGAGAGCGAACGAAGUUGUUUUCCAGUACUCUUGUGUUUAGAAGAACGUGUAACGAGACUGAAUAUUGUACGUUUACCUGUCGUGUAAUUGAUUAUCUCAUUUAUUAUUAAUACUUUUUAUGCGAUAAAAUCGUAUCAGAGUCUGCGACUCAGGGAUUAACAAGUAGAAAAAAUGGAAAACGAAAAAAAGAUUGUAGCAAAAAAGUAAUUAACGAACAUGUUAUCUGCGUGCGAAAACAUUCCCGAGUAUUGUUUCGAAUCCGAAUCAGUUUUUGUAAAAUAAAACGGGAGUGAUAACCGCAAGUUUACCUUUAGACUAUAGCUGGUCUCUUAUUUAAUAAAAAUACGUGAAUGUCUAAUCAAAUGACGGUGUUGUAUAAUGGCCUGUGAGUAAAUUAAUUGUUAAGUACUUUUUAAGCUUAGAUGUACAAUUUUUAUGCCUACUAUCUUUGUAACGAUUGUUGAACAAAAAUUUUAAUCGCAUUUUGUAUUUUAAA